GGGAGUAGAAUAUAUAUGAGCCAUGGUAGAGGCGACACGCUGUCAGUGUCCAGGUCUGAGGCUAGCAGUUCGCAGAUCAUGAAGUUCGCUACUAUCCUCGUCGCCCUUGCAUCUGCCGGAGCUGUUACAGUUCAUGAGUCGGAGAAUCCUAACCAGGGCGACACGGAUUCAGUUGCCCAGGCGACGGGUUUCGAUGGUUUUGGAGGUUUUGGCGGCUUCCAAGGCUUCCAUAAAUUCAACGGCUUGAUGAGUAAUGCCUUUGGAGACCUGGAUGGUCAGUUCGAUUCCACCGGAUUCAAUAAGGGGUUCUCAGCAUCGUCAGAGAAUCGAAAAUUUGACACAGGAUAUGGACCGCACUUUCUAGAGGAACUGGAUCACGAUUCGUUUGGUUCAAGUCUCGACUCCUCUAAUCAGCAAAAGCAGGGGUAUCCUCCUACACCCGCAGUACAGCGGCUCACCAAGCAAGGUCCUCUUCACAGUAGCGUUCCUCAGUACCGCGAACCUCUGCAGACACCGAACCACGGCUUGUACUCGCAGGUCGGACACAUGCGAGCUGGGAAGAAGUCUUACCCAACUACACAACACAAACAACCGCUCAGCCCCUACAACGUGCAUCCUUAUGCGGGUCACUUCACUGAGGCCAUUCCGAGAGGACAGGUGACACUGCCGGUCGCGUCGGCGUACGGAGGCGUGGCCGCUGGUAAUCCGCUAUCAAGAUCUGCGAAAUACUCCUCUAAGUCAGUCCAACGUUCUCCUUCUGUAAGAGAGAAGACAGUCACUUUGAAAUACUUCGCAGAGAAAUACAAACCCGAUGACGGAUUUUCUUUUGGAGCAGAUAAAUUUAAUUGAAAACUUCUCUUUUUUAUAAUUAUAAUGAGUAAUUAACACUGUCUCUUACUUACAGGCUUACGUGCUUAAAGUCUUAAUCUGCAGGUGGACUAUACUGACUGAUGUUAUUUUUAAUUUUCUCAGUCUUUAAACAAAAUAUUUCAGUGGUGCGUUUCAAUAAAUAAAGAAAACUUCCUUCCAAAAUAUCAAAUUUAAAAGCCAUAAUACAUCGCCCGAUUCAAUGGAGAUAGACAGUUCUUAGAAGUGUUCUUAAAUGAACCAAAUACAAAUUAAAAGUCCAACUGAUGUAAAAUAAAGACAAUUCGCUGUGUAUUUUGAUAUACCAAAGCUACUUCUGUACCGAAACAUGACGUCAUGGCGUUGUAUAUAAGUUUGGUGAAAGGUUUUACUUAAUUAGUGUUUUCACAGAUGUUUAAUUCCCUUAGAAAUUUGAAUGUUCGUAACGUUAUUACUGUAACCUAGUUGAUAGUUUUUUAUACAUACAAAUAUCAUAUAACAUGUAAAUAAAUAUAUAUUGCAACCUAUAACCAACUAGAAUUAUAAUAGUAAUGCAGUUCCUAUAUUUUUUACUAGUGAUUUGGAAGUAAUAUUGCAACAUGAUCUCAUAUGUGUUUUAGGUUUCCAGUCAGUACAAAUAUCUUAAAACUAUAUUUCAGAGAUGUGUGUAGAAAAUGGAAUAAUUUUCUUCAUAUAUUUUAAGGGCGAGCAAGUUAUCAGAGUUAUAAAACCGUACUUAUUAUUAAGCGAAAAGUUAAAAUCUGUUUAUCAGUACUUAUGCCAAUUUUAUUUGUAAUAAACAGUACUACCUUCAGAUAA